AUGCACGAUACAGAGAAAGAGAACCAGACCUCCAUCACCGAAUUCAUCCUCCUGGGGUUUGGAAAUGACCCUGAGUUGCAGCCUCUUCUUUUUGUGAUCUUCCUGACGAUCUACAUCCUAACCAUGACUGGUAACCUCCUCAUGGUUCUGUUGGUUGUUGCUGAUCAUCACCUUCACACUCCCAUGUACAUCUUCCUAGGGAAUUUGUCCUGUCUGGAGACAUGUUACAGCUCCAUCAUCCUGCCUAAAAUGCUGGUGCAUUUGUUCACAGAAGAUGGAACUAUUUCUGUGAGUGGAUGCAUUGCCCAGUUUUAUUUGUUUGGUUCUUGCCUUGGUAUUGAAACAUAUCUUUUGGCAGCAAUGUCCUAUGAUCGAUAUUCGGCAAUAUGUCGACCUCUAUGCUAUGCUUCCACCAUGCAUGGGAAAUUUUGUGUUCAGCUCAUGGCUGGUGCAUGGAUCGCUUCUUUCUUGGCUAAUUCCAUUGUACUAUUUAUGAUGGCUCAGUUAUCCUUCUGUGGCCCCAAUGUAAUAGAUCAUUACUUUUGUGAUUUCAUCCCAUUGGUAAAACUGUCUUGCAGUGACACUACCUUGAUAGAACUGUUCACUUUUCUCAUGACCUUCAUUUUUACAGUCACCCCAUUUCUGUUGACUCUCACAUCCUAUGUUUUCAUUGGGGCCACCAUCCUGAAGAUUCCCUCUGCUCUGGGGAGACAAAAAGCAUUUUCCACCUGUUCUACUCAUCUCCUUGUGGUUUGCAUUUUCUAUGGGACCAUAAUCAUUGUCUACAUGUUACCAGACAGCCCCACACUGAGAAACCUGAAUAAAGUCUUCUCUGUCUUCUACACAGUGCUGACUCCCUUGGUCAAUCCCCUCAUCUACAGCUUGCGAAACAAAGAAGUCCACAAAGCCCUAGGAAGUGUUGGCUGCAAAGUGUUGGUUUUUGCAAGGACCAAAGCAAAUUUAUUGUUAUAA